AUGGCCGGUGACGACGAGCAAAAAGUGAUCGAGCAUACCAAGAACUCGACCUCGUCCAGGACCACAGACCCAUGGGAGAACCCCAACCAUCAACUCUUCAUGCAUCACUCUGAUCAAUUGGGCACAGCCCUUGUAUCACCACCACUAAUGGAAGACAAUUAUAUUGAUUGGGCAGAAUCCAUGAUCAUGGCACUGACCAUCAAGAACAAGAACGGUUUUGUUAAUGGAACCCUAAAAAGAUCACUCACCAAUCUGGAUGAGCAAAGACAAUGGGAUCGUUGUAACAUACUUGUCAAGACCUGGCUAUUAGGAAGCAUGUCAAAAGAGAUUAAGAGGAGCCUUGCUCAUUGCAAAUAUGCAAGUGACAUAUGGGAUGAAUUGCAGGAGAGGUUCUCUCAUACUAACACAUUUCAGUUAUUCAAUAUAGAAAACGAUGUUCAUGAAUGUGAGCAAGGAACAUGCACUGUCACAGCGUUCUUCACCAAACUCAAGGGCUUAUGGGACGAAAGGGAUGCGAUCUGUGGCCUCCCCCCUUGCACCUGUAAGGCAGCCACCGAUAUCAAGACCUACAUGGAGACACAAAAGACGAUGAAGUUUCUUAUGGGGUUGAAUGAAGAGUAUGCAACGAUCCGGAGCAACAUAAUAAGCAUGGAUCCCCUUCCAAGUUUGAACAAAGUCUAUGCAGCGGCCGUACGCCAUGAAAGACAAGCCGAAAUUUCUGGAGGGAAGACGGUAGCGCCACCCGAGGCAUCAGCCUUCUCAGUGAAGAAGUUUAAUCGAGGUGGUAACCAUUCAGAAUCUGAAAUCAAGAGAAAGAAUGCCAUACGAGGAGGACAGAUCCAUGCUAAGGCCAACCAUGCAAUUUCCUUUGGGGACGAUGAAGAGGAUAUUGAUGAUAAUCUUCCUCUUUCCCAAUCUGAUUGUCACAAAUUCUUCAAGCUUGUGAACAAGAUCAAGUCGGCAGCUGCUAACCAUGGUGAUUACAGUAAGAUGUUAGAGGCCUUGAACGACAUCAAGCCUACUACUGCAAACCUAGUCGGUAAUAUUCCAAAUUACGAGGAGCUUUCAGGUAAAGCCUUUUCUGUUUUACGAGAGGGUAUAGAACCAUCAUGGAUUAUAGACAGUGGUGCAAGUGAUCAUAUAGCUUGCACAUCUAGUCUACUCACAUCAUUAAGACCUGUUCAUAAUCGCGUAGUGAAACUUCCUGAUGGUAGUAUGAAACAUGUGACUCAUAUUGGGACAGUGGUGUUCUCUCCACAAUUUGUUCUCCACAAUGUUCUUUACGUCCCAAAGUUUUACCUGAAUUUGAUAUAUGUGAGCAAGCUUUCCUUUGAUUCAUUUUAUGUCACAAUUUUCCUCAGACAAGUUUGUGUGAUACAGGACCUAUGA